GUUACUGUUACGACUUUAUUUCGUUGUCUAUGACACAAGGAGGGUUAUUCAGAUGGCGAAAAAUAAAAUAGCCAUGGGGCCCGUGGGGUGGGGUCAGUGUCUAAGCCACAAAUUUGGCUUGAUCACCGUUUUGGACUUAAAGCUUCUGUGCACAGUCUCUCGUCUCAAAUUCAUUCCGGUGCACCAUGCUUCGACGUUGCAUCCCACUUACACGCCUCGCUUUGGCGCCUCGAUCAGCAGCAGCUGUUUCACACUUUAAUAAUGCGGCUUUUCGCUUCCGUCAAGUUCGAGCCCGUCAGUUCACGCAGGAUGUCCAACGAAAACUUGUCGUGGACUAUGAAUCGAAAUAUGCGGAUAAAUUGAAAAAGGCGGCCGAAAAGGAAGGAUUAACAGUGGAGCAAUUGAAGGCUAGAAUGGCGGAAGAGGCGGCCAAGAAACAAAAAGCGGCCAAACCACAACCGGUGAAGCCCAAGGUGACCAACAGCGCCGAAAAGGUGGCGGCCACCGUCACCGAGAAAGCCAAAUUACCCUACGACUCUUCUGCUCCUACUCUGGAUAAGAUUGUUAAAUUGGAGCUAUUGGAGAAGGAAGACGUGGAUACCAUUAAGAAAAUCUGGACCGAGUAUCAUGCCGACAAAGAUUGUAUCACCGCUGUCAUUCCCAGCGAGAUGUACGAUAAACUUUAUAAGCGUAGUCAAGAUUAUCCCAUGUUCAUUCUUCCUAUGCCUCGUGAAACCGGAGUGGAGUUUAUGUUUAUGCAAUUCAAUUUCCAUCAAUGCAAUUUCACUUCGUUGCUAGAGUACAAGGCCAAGGGCACUGAAGCGCGACCUUUCUUGACCAUUACGCAUUUCCCCGAAUUGGCCAAGAGUAAAGGCAUCGUGCUUAUGAAGGGCGAUAUUUCCGACAACCCGCGCAUGAUCGAUACACAAAAUGCCCAAUUUUUGGCCUUUGCACUGCAACAGUUCUAUGUCACCGGUGGCGACGCCAAACUCGGCCUAGUCGAGAAGUUCCACAAAGCUCCCCACACCUUUGAUUAUCAAGAAUUAAUCAACGAGGUAGAACGCAUCAUUUAGAUUUUUUUUUUUUUAAAAAGCAUCACAAGAGAGUCCACCAUGUAUAGAUUUUAGAUGUAAGACCAAGAAAUGAAUUUCCUGCUCACACAAUGGAAAUACGUUGUAUAACAAACAAAAAAGUUUCUUUUAUUCAUGCAAUGGCAUCCACUGCACUUUUUCAAUUUAU